AUGUCCAUAGCAAAAGAAGUAAUUAAGCAUGACGAAGGCGGAAAACAAGUAAAAGAAGAGACUAGAAAGUUCAAAUUCACACACGAUUGGCUUAAGCCGCAUCUUCCUUAUUGGGAAAAGAACCUAUCUUGUCUUAAAAACAAGAAAAUAAAUGUACUCGAAAUAGGAGCCUUCGAAGGAAGAUCCACUACUUGGAUUUUGGAAGAAUUAUGCAAAAAUCCUGAGUCAAAAUUAAUUACCACCGAUAUUUUUCUAAAAAUUUUUCCCAACAACGAUAAUGAAACAACUUUCCACGAAAAUAUUAAAAAGACUUGUAAAGAGAAUCAAAUCGAAGUUAUCAAAAACAAAUCAAUUGAUACACUUAUUAAUCUAAACCAUGAAAAGAAGAUGAAAUUUGACUUCAUUUAUAUUGAUGGUUCUCACGAAUCACACGACGUGCUAUCAGAUGCUGUUUUAUCAUGGAAUCUCUUGAAAGAAGGUGGAAUUAUGAUUCUUGACGAUUAUGAGUGGGAUUUUUUUGAAGAGGAAUAUCUUAAUCCAAGAAUAGCAAUUGAUUCAUUUCUCAGAUGUUAUCAGACACAAAUAGAAAUUAUUGAUAAAUAUUAUCAAGUAACAAUUAGGAAAAUUACCAAGGAAGGCACACGAACUGUUAGAGAAGGAAAAACCAUUGAUUGA